GGUCGUAUGCCGUAUGGAACUCAGACUCGUAGUUCAACGAGUCGACGCCAGAGCCACAAAUAAUUAAAGAAAUUAUAAGAAGUUAUCGUUCAGAGCUACUUUAUUUGUUUUGCAAUGAAGUGAAUGUCAGAAUGAAGAGUAUUCAUAAAGUAUCACAUAUUUUUCAACCAACAAUAUCUAUACCUCAUAAUAAUUUACCUCAGUCAAAUCUAUCAUCAAAAAGCUAUGAGUUAAUGAUCAAUGCUGGUCUAAUUAAUAAUACAAGUACUGGAUUUUUUGCUUUCUUACCAUUGGGACUAAAGGCUUUGCAAAAAUUGAUUAAUUUUAUAGAUGAAGAAAUGAUUAAUAUAAAUGCACAAAAAAUGUUGUUACCAGUUUUAAUACCAGCAUCUUUAUGGACUCAGACAAAAAGAUUAUCACAAGCAAAACCUGAGCUGUUUCUGGUUCAUGAUAGGCAUGGAAAAGAUUAUAUAUUAAGUCCUACAGCUGAAGAAGUCAUAGUUAAUUUAAUUUCACAAGUUGGACCUUUGGCACGCAAUCAAUUACCUUUGCGUCUGUAUCAAACGACUAGUAAAUGGCGAGAUGAAAUGAAACCUCGUUUGGGAUUAUUACGCAGUAGAGAAUUUAUUAUGAAAGAUAUGUAUACUUUCGAUGCUAAUUCAAAAAACGCUAUGGAUACUUACGAGAUUGUUCAUAAUGCAUAUCGGAAGAUUUUUGAUGCUCUCAAGAUCCCAUACAUGAAAGUGAUUGCAAAUUCAGGAAUAAUGGGAGGGUAUCUUUCACAUGAAUAUCAUUAUUUAUCUAAUGUAGGAGAAAAUAGCAUAACAUAUUGUAAAACUUGUAAUUAUUAUCAAGAGGACCAAACUAUUCUUAUUACAAAUUGUCCCAAUUGUAACAAAGAGUUGGACAGGAAUAAUUCAGUUGAGGUUGGUCACACAUUUUUAUUGGGUACUAAAUAUUCUGAGUCAUUAAAAGCUACGUUCAUUGACAAUAAUAACAAGAAACAACACCUAUUAAUGGGAUGUUAUGGUUUAGGUAUUACACGUAUAUUAGCAGCAGCUAUUGAAAUCUUAUCAUCAAAUUCAGAAAUAAGAUGGCCCUUAAAAUUUGUUCCCUAUAAGAUAUGUAUAAUUCCACCCAAGGUUGGUAGUAAAGAAGAAGGAAUGUCUAAAUUAGCAUAUGAUUUAUAUUUUCAUCUACAAGAGUCCAAAACUGAUGUCAUUAUUGAUGAUAGGACACAAAUGACUAUUGGAAGACGUUUUAUCGAUGCCCGUAGAUUUGGUUAUCCGUAUGUUAUCAUCAUUGGAAAGCAUUCUCUAAAUGCAAUACCAUUAUUGGAAGUACACGAUGUUUAUAAUGCUUCUCGAGUAGAUUUGGAAUUUGUAGAUGUUUUAAGUUAUCUGAAAAUCAGUCCUUCAUAGCAUAUAACUUGUCUAUUAUAUAUUCUGUUCACCACUUUUGAUAAAUAAAUUUUAAUUUUUUCUAAUAAUAUCCAAAUUAGAAGCUUUGAAGUAUCUUAACAAACAUAAGUAUAAUG